AAUGGAUUGGUGAGAGAGCCCAAUUCACUAAUCCAUCCAUCUUUAAAAGAGAGGAACACUUCACCAGGCUUUUUACACAGGGUCCCUACCUUUCUCGAUGACCCCACUUCCUCCAGCGGUGGGCGCUGGGUUUAAUCCCAGCAGUUUUUACUCAACAGCUGACCAGUUUUCCAGAAACCACUUUUUAUUUUGGUCAACGUAAUUCUUAGGAAACCGCAACUCAAGUGAUCCAAAUCACACAGACCGGUCUAUUCUCCCCCCUACUGGCUGCCUAUGCAGUCGGGUCGACCUCGAGAACUGGCCCCAGUCAAAAGCGGCACCUCCUGGUCUGCCAGUCCCUUCCUGCCUUAGGCAGCUCCUCCCAGAAGCCUUUUUGUAGGGCAAACUGCCUUCCCUCAGUAAGGUAGGGCCUUUGGAUCCAAGGUUGCAGUUUAAAGACCACCCCAGCUUUGUUGAGGAAUACAGUUUUAAAUCCCGCCCCAGGCGGAUAACACCAGGGCUCAGCCGCAGGAAUGAAAAACUGGGGUGGGAGGGCUGCAAAGUGUAAGUGGGGCUUGGAGGCCCUGUGCCAUGCCCGGACUAAAAAUGUUCUACGAGUCUCUUAACGCUCAUCUCCGUGCCCCCUUACCCACCAGGGCCCACGGAGGUCUGAAGCUUUCGGCCUCAGUGAGCGGACUGGGUGCGCUCACAACCUGGAGGGCGAGAUGAGAUGUUCCUCGGUGUGAAGUGGCGGUGACUACCCCAGCACUUUGCGUUCCCCGCGCGGGCGACGAAACAGGCUCUCGAGGGGAGAGAGCCGUGCGUCCUCUGGGCCGUGAAGCCGGGGGAAGAGGGUUCCUCUAGACGGCUCGACGUGCCCGGGAGAGACACCCGCGCUGAACCUGCAGGCUGUGGCGCUCCACUAGCGCGAAGCUCUAACCCCGCACUUGCCGCAGCUCUGGUCCCGUGGUAGGCGGGGUGGGCGGGCUGGCAAAUCCGCGGCUCCUGCGUCUAUUGGCCUGCUCGGGGCAGCGCAGCUCCGCAUUGGCCAGGUCCUCGCUCCGCCCGGCUUCCGCGCGCCCAUUGGUCGCAGGCUCCCGACCGGGUCGCGGCCGCGCGCUCCGCCCGCCGCUGCGUCCCCACUAUGGCGGCGCCCAUGCAGCCCACCGCGUCGUGGGCGCCCGCCGGGGUCCCCCGCGGCUGUCGCCGCCGCCUCCGCCGCCGCCUCCGCCUUCCUGCCCCGCGUCGGGCCGGGCGCCACCUUCCCCCUGCCUCCCUCUCCGCUGUGGUCAUUUAAGAAAUCGUAAAUCAUGUGAAGAUGGGACUCUUGGUAUUUGUGCGCAAUUUGCUGCUAGCCCUCUGCCUCUUUCUGGUACUGGGAUUUUUGUAUUAUUCUGCGUGGAAGCUACACUUACUCCAGUGGGAGGAGGACUCCAGUAAGUAUAGUCACUCUAGCUCAUCCCAGGAGAAGCCUGUUUCAGAUUCAGUGGUUCUUUCCUUUGACUCCGCUGGACAAGCACUAGGCUCAGAGUAUGAUCGGUUGGGCUUCCUCCUGAAUCUGGACUCUAAACUGCCUGCUGAAUUAGCCACCAAGUACGCAAACUUUUCAGAGGGAGCUUGCAAGCCUGGCUAUGCCUCAGCCUUGAUGACGGCCAUCUUCCCCCGGUUCUCCAAGCCAGCACCCAUGUUCCUGGAUGACUCCUUUCGCAAGUGGGCUAGAAUCCGGGAGUUUGUGCCGCCUUUUGGGAUCAAAGGUCAAGACAAUCUGAUCAAAGCCAUCUUGUCAGUCACCAAAGAGUACCGCCUGACCCCUGCCUUGGACAGCCUCCGCUGCCGCCGCUGCAUCAUCGUGGGCAAUGGAGGCGUUCUUGCCAACAAGUCUCUGGGGUCACGAAUUGACGACUAUGACAUUGUGGUGAGACUGAACUCAGCACCAGUGAAAGGCUUUGAGAAGGAUGUGGGCAGCAAAACGACACUGCGCAUCACCUACCCCGAGGGCGCCAUGCAGCGGCCUGAGCAGUACGAGCGCGAUUCUCUCUUUGUCCUCGCCGGCUUCAAGUGGCAGGACUUUAAGUGGUUGAAAUAUAUCGUCUACAAGGAGAGAGUGAGUGCGUCGGAUGGCUUCUGGAAAUCUGUGGCCACUCGAGUGCCCAAGGAGCCCCCUGAGAUUCGAAUCCUCAACCCAUAUUUCAUCCAGGAGGCUGCCUUCACCCUCAUUGGCCUGCCCUUCAACAAUGGCCUCAUGGGCCGGGGGAACAUCCCUACCCUUGGCAGUGUGGCAGUGACCAUGGCACUACACGGCUGUGACGAGGUGGCAGUUGCAGGAUUUGGCUAUGACAUGAGCACACCCAACGCACCCCUGCACUACUAUGAGACCGUUCGCAUGGCAGCCAUCAAAGAGUCCUGGACGCACAAUAUCCAGCGAGAGAAAGAGUUUCUGCGGAAGCUGGUGAAAGCUCGCGUCAUCACUGAUCUAAGCAGUGGCAUCUGAGUGGGUCCAGCACACGGCCAUAGAGGCCCAGGCACCACCAGGAGCAGCAGCAGCCAGCACCACCUACACAGGGGUCUUCAGACACAGAGAAGGACAGUGCCAAGGGUCCCAGGGGCAGCAAGGCCUUGGAGCAGCCGGAGCUGUGCCUGCUCAGCAGCCAGUCUCAGAGACCAGCACUCAGCCUCAUUCAGCAUGGGUCCUUGAUGCCAGACGGCCAGCAGGCUCCUGGCUGUGCCCAGCAGACCCAGCAUGCAGGCAGGGGGACACUGGGCAGCAAGGCUGCUGCCAGAAUCACUUCUCCAAUCAGUGUUUGGUGUAUUAUCAUUUUGUGAAUUUGGGUAGGGGGGAGGGUAGGGAUAAUUUAUUUUUAAAUAAGGUUGGAGAUCUCAAGUUGGGUCCACUUGCCAUGCAGGAAGAGGCCCACUAGAGGGCCCAUCAGGCAGUGUUACCAGUUAGCUCCCUGUGGGGCAGGAGUGCCAUGACCAGCCUGUACCUUGCUCUGGGGCUACAGGGUGGUGGGCAGGAUCUCAAGCCAGCCCCCUCCAGCUCAUGACACUGUUUGGCCUUUCUUGGGGAGAAGAUGGGGUAUUCCCACUCACCAGCCCUAGCUGUCCCAUAGGGAAACCCUGGAGCCGUCCCUUUGGAGCCAACAAGCCCGCCCCAGGGCUACAGCAGAACUUUAAAGCUCAGGAGGGUGACGCCUGGCUCGGCCUGCUGGGAAGAGCUCCCCUCCACAGCCGCGGCUGAUCCGCGGGACUACCGCAGGCCUGGACUCACCAACUUGCCACAUGGUCUAGGUUUCAGCAACAAGACUGCCAGGUGGUUGGGUUCUGCCUUUAGCCUGGACCAGAGGGAAGUGAGGCCCAAGGACCUUACCUAAGCUGUGGCAGCUGUCCCAGGCCACCCCCGUGGAAGCAAUAAAGCUCUUCCCCGAGCCUG